UAAUUUAAAUAAAGAUAAUCUCACCGUUUCCUAGGAUUCAAUUUAUGUCUUUUCCUAAACUUCAGUAGCAAGAGUAAUAGAUUAUUUCUUUACAGUGGAUAAGGCAAGAAAUUUGAAUUUUGAUUAAGGAUACCCUUGCCCUCAGGAAUCCCAAGGCCUACUCUGAUGCUAAUUUCUACAUUUCUAGCUCCUGGAUUUGCACCUUCUGGGAAAACAACAGAUUAUGCCUUUGAGAUGGCCGUUUCAAAUAUUAGAUACGGAGCAGGAGUUACAAAGGAAGUGGGAAUGGACCUAAAAAACAUGGGUGCUAAAAAUGUGUGUUUGAUGACAGACAAGAACCUCUCCCAGCUCCCUCCCGUACAAAUGGUUAUGGAUUCCCUAGUGAAGAAUGGCAUAAAUUUUAAGGUUUAUGACAAUGUGAGGGUGGAACCAACUGAUAGAAGCUUCAUGGAAGCCAUUGAGUUUGUCAAAAGGGGAGCUUUUGAUGCCUACGUUGCUGUCGGUGGCGGGUCCACCAUGGACACCUGUAAGGCCGCUAAUCUGUAUGCGUCCAGCCCUCACUCUGAUUUCCUAGAUUAUGUCAAUGCCCCCAUUGGGAAGGGAAAGCCCGUGUCUGUGCCUCUGAAGCCUCUGAUUGCAGUCCCAACUACCUCAGGAACUGGGAGUGAAACUACGGGAGUUGCCAUCUUUGACUAUGAACACUUGAAAGUAAAAACUGGUAUUGCUUCCCGAGCCAUCAAACCCACACUGGGACUGAUCGAUCCUAUGCACACCCUGCACAUGCCUGACCAGGUGGUUGCCAACAGCGGCUUCGAUGUGCUUUGCCAUGCCCUGGAGUCCUACACUGCCCUACCCUACCACAUGCGGAGCCCCUGCCCUUCAAAUCCUAUCACCCGGCCAGCAUACCAGGGCAGCAACCCAAUCAGCGACAUUUGGGCAGUCCAUGCACUUAGGAUCGUCGCUAAGUAUCUGAAGAGGGCUGUCAGAAAUCCUGAUGAUCUUGAAGCGAGGUCUAAUAUGCACUUGGCAAGUGCUUUUGCUGGCAUUGGCUUUGGAAAUGCUGGUGUUCAUCUGUGCCAUGGAAUGUCUUACCCGAUUUCAGGCUUAGUGAAGACAUAUAAAGCAAAGGAUUAUAAUGUGGAUCACCCACUGGUGCCUCAUGGCCUUUCUGUGGUACUCACCUCCCCAGCGGUAUUCACUUUCACAGCACAGAUGUCUCCUGAACGGCAUCUGGAAACGGCAGAAAUACUGGGAAGGGAAAAGCUAAAAAGAAAACGUCAUUAUGCUCUUCUAGCUCCAGCCGUUGGGAGAGGUUAUUUCCGAGAAGGAGCUGACACCCGCACUGCCAGGAUCCCAGAUGCUGGGCCUAUUUUGGCAGACACACUCCGGAAAUUCUUAUUCGAUCUGGAUGUUGAUGAUGGCCUCGCUGCCAUUGGUUACUCCAGGGCCGAUAUCCCUGCAUUAGUGAAAGGAACGCUGCCCCAGGAAAGGGUCACCAAGCUUGCACCACGCCCUCAGUCAGAAGAGGAUCUGUCUGAUCUGUUUGAAGCUUCAAUGAAAUUGUAUUAAUAUUCAUUCUCACUGAAAGAAUUACCACUGGCCAUCACAGUUCUGACAAGAGAAGCCAAGCUAGCCAGAACUUUGUCUUUUCAUCGCCACAUAUAACAUACCUGUUACCAGUCUGAAUGUGUUAGAAAUUUAUCCUGCAGAAGAUUCCCUGAUGCUCAAAGUCAAGCUACUUCCAUAAAAUAGUGGAAAAAUACCCACUAUCUCGGAUCUUGGGCGAGACUUUAGGGAUCCGUGUUCCUGUCCUAAACCCCAUAGAUUGCCACUGCUCUAUUUAUCAAAUGAGCAAAACUCAGUAUCUGUCAAAAUGAGCAAAACUCAGUAUCUGUCAAAAACAUAAAUGCACAUAUCCUACGCCCGGUAAUCCCCAGUCUAGAAAUUCAUCCCAUAGAAAUACUAGCACAAGUGUGUUAAGAAAUAUGGCAAGGAUAAACAAAUAAUACAUUAUAUGUUAAAAAAGAAAAAAGAAGAUAGCAGGAAGGGAAGAAUG